UUUUUUUCAGGUUAAUGGAAAUCAAGUGUUGGGAAAUUGUAGAACAUCUCCUGGCAUCUGUGCAAAGAGAUCUAUCAGGAAACUAUUUAGUAUUUCAUAGAAAAUUUCUUUGAAUCUUCCAGGAAACUACUCAGUCUUUCAAAGAAAGGUUUUUUUACAGUUUCUGAAGAUCAAAUUCAUCAAUGACUUUGAAGAAGCAGAGGGGGAAGAAUUCAUGGAAUCCCCCCUACGGCUUCAUUUUGUUGAGAUUUCAGAGGUCUUGCAUCAAAAGAGGAUUGACCCCUGGACACCCAUAGGACUGAAAGAUCCUCUGUAUGACCUCAAGUUCGCAUUGGCUGAUUGUGUCAUGUUAGCAGGGAAGGAGAGAGACCGCAUUACCAAAAACAAGAAAAGUCUCUUAUUAAGCUCUCAUCAUUAUGUCAAGAAGCAAUGGUUUCUUUUCAAGAUGAAGAGGAAACUUCUUUGCAUCAAAAACGAGUUGCUACAAAACAUGAGCGAUGUUGACGUUGCAGACAUUGCAGAUGAGAGGCUUUCGUCCUCGAGCUUGAUCAGGGUUUGUCAACCAACAGACUUUCCAGAUUUCAAUCUCACUCUGAUUCACGGUUUCAAUAAUCAUUUGCGGAAGAUGGAAGCUUUGCUCCUAGCUACUACAUCUGAUACUGAUAAUUUCAGUGCAAUUGGUAUCGUAGGGAUGGGAGGAUCAGGUAAAACUACUCUUGCUCAAAUGGUGUUCCAUAGCUCUAGAGUCCAAGAAAGCUUCUCCCCAAUGUUAUGGGUUGAGUUACCUCAAUAUCCAGAUCUAAGAUCCAUUGUCUUGGCUAUUCUUGAAUGCUUGGCAAGUGAUUUCUCUUAAUUUGGCAACACUUCUGAUCUUGAUGAUCUUUUGUGUAAUUUGGACAUUUACUUGUUUAAUAAGAAGUAUUUGAUCGUGUUGGACAACAUG